AUGCCGGUUGGGAUGGCUCGAGAUCUGGAGGAAACUGGCUCAUCCUCAGAAGAGGAGGAGGAGGAAGAAGAUGUAGAUGGGCUGGAGGAUCAUCCGUGUAUCAAGUGGACUGGUGGUGGCUGCAGGCGGAUCCCAGUCAUGGUGUUUCAUGCUGAAGCUGUUCUGACCAACGACAGCUACCUCCGCCUAAUUGGAGAGCGCUACCACUUGUCCUAUAAGAUUGUGCGAACAGACAGCCGUCUGGUUCGAAGCAUUUUGACUGCCCAUGGAUUCCAUGAGGUGCACCCUAAUAGCAACGAUUAUAAUCUCAUGUGGACAGGAUCACACUUGAAGCCCUACUUGCUGCGUUCCCUUACAGAUAUUCAGAAAGUCAAUCAUUUCCCUAGGUCAUAUGAACUGACACGAAAGGACAGACUAUACAAGAAUGUCAGUCGUAUGCAGCUGGCCCAUGGAUUUAAGACAUUCCAUAUCUUACCUCAGACCUUCAUUCUCCCGACAGAGUACCAGGACUUCUGCAAUACCUAUUCUAAGGACAGAGGCCCAUGGAUAGUGAAGCCUGUUGCCUCUUCCCGGGGUCGAGGUGUCUACCUGAUAAACAACCCAAACCAGAUUGUCCUGGAAGAGAACAUCCUGGUUUCUCGUUACAUCAGCAACCCACUGCUCAUAGAUGAUUUCAAAUUUGAUGUGCGCCUCUAUGUUCUGGUUACAUCCUAUGAUCCACUUGUCAUCUAUCUCUACGAGGAAGGAUUGGCCAGGUUUGCAACGGUGAGAUAUGACCAGGCAUCCAAGAACAUUAAGAACCAGUUCAUGCAUCUGACCAACUACAGUGUCAACAAGAAGAGUGGAGAUUAUGUCAGCUGUGAUGAUCCUGAAGUAGAGGAUUAUGGAAACAAGUGGAGCAUGAGUGCAAUGCUGAGGUACUUAAAACAAGAGGGGAGAGACACUGCAGCGCUGAUGGCCAACGUGGAGGACCUGAUUAUCAAGACUGUAGUUUCUGCUGAGCUGGCCAUUGCCACAGCUUGUAAAACUUUUCUUUCCCAUCGUGGCAGUUGUUUUGAACUGUAUGGUUUUGAUGUCCUUAUUGAUGACACUCUGAAGCCCUGGCUGUUGGAAGUGAACUUAUCCCCAUCACUGGCCUGUGAUGCUCCUUUGGACCUGAAGAUCAAAGCUAGCAUGCUUUCAGAUAUGUUCACCCUCGUAGGCUUUGUGUGCCAGGAUCCAGGCCAGCGGUCAAGCCGGGCUAUUUAUCAUUCAUCUGAAUCUGCGAGGAGAAAUCCGUACCAGAAGCUGCCACGUCCUGUGUCUGCACAGUCACAAACAGCAAACACCAGAUUGCGUGCCCGUCCUCUGUCUGCCAGUGAUGCUGAAAUUAAAAACCCAAUGCCCUCAGGCAAGGAAAAAGCAACAGGAAAGCAAGGCAUCUCUGUGCUAGGUCUAUCCAUGGAGGAGAUAAAAGUUCUUCGUCGAGUGAGAGAGGAGAAUGAACGGAGAGGAGGUUUCAUCCGCAUAUUCCCUACUCCAUCAACAUGGGACCUUUACGGAUCGUUUUUAGAGCACAAGACAUCAAUGAACUACAUGCUGGCUACACGUCUGUUUCAGGACAGGGGCAAGAAGAAAACAGACUUUGUCACUGGGAGAUCCCGAGCAGGUUUUAAUGGAAGGCUGGAUGUGAGGCUGGAAGCUGUAGACUCUCAUUCUCUUUUUUAUGAGAGAAAGCUUGUUUCACUGGAGUUACGGAAGCGUCGGCGAUGUCAUGGCAAGGCUAGAACAGCACGGACAAGAUCAUCAGGGACAUCAGACCCAACAAAGCUGUCUCUCAAAUCAGACACAGAAGGUGAGGAGGAAGAGGAGGUGGAUGCAGAUGAAGAUGAAGACUUAGAUAGAACUGUUGGGUCUCUUUUGGACACCCAGGUGAAAAGCAAGCCAAAGCUCUCUGACUUGAUGAAAAAUACUUGUCGGGAGAGGUUGCCAAAAAAGCUUGACAAGGAAACUGGAGGUGGAGGAGAGCCAUUUCUUCGAAAAACAGACUCAGAAUCUCAGUUUAACUUGCUGCAGAUUCUUCAAAAGCAUGGAAAUCUGAGCAAAGUGCAAGCUCGCAGGGCUUUCUCUGCCUAUCUACAGCAUGUUCAGUUGCGGCUGAUGAAGGAGGCUGGUGACCAGAUCCAGAAUCCUGCCUGGGCUGCCAAAGAGGAUGAGCAAAUGGAACUUGUGGUACGCUUUCUGAAGCGAGCUGCCAGCAAUCUUCAGCAGUCCUUGAGGAUGCUGCUCCCCAGCCGUCGUUUAGGACUAAAUGAUCGGCGGCGUAUCCUGGCUCACCAACUGGGCGAGUUCAUAAUCUGUUACAACAAGGAAACAGAGCAGAUGGUUCAGAAGCAACCAAAAAAGAAACGGGAAGAGGAGGAGGAGGGAGUGAAUCCUGAAGGUUUUCAGAACUUUAUUACCAGAGCAAGUGAACGUGACUUGGAGGAAGUGCUGACACUUUACACACACAAAAACAAGUCAGCGAGUGUCUUCCUAGGAACAAGCUCCACAAGCACAAAAUCUAGCAACACCAGUAACCAGCCAGAGAAAGAGCCUCAAGGGGACCAUCCUGAGGUGGUGAAAAAAAUAAAAGGUGAUCAAUCCAAAAGUUCAGUUGCAGAUCUGCCUGCAGAAGGAGCAUUAAAAGGCUAUAGAGCCAAAGAAGUUAAAUCAAACUUUCCAGAAGGACCCACCUUCUCCUCCUUAAAUGCUGAAGUGAAAUUACCUCGGUGCAGCCCUCCUAGUGCUUCUUCUGUUUCUGGUGCCACAUUGCCGAGAAGUACCAGUUCCUGGAUACCAUCUCAGCCUGCAACCUCUGAAAAUUCACAGGUGCCUGGUCACCAUUCGUUGCCAGCUCCUCCAGUUCGACCCAGGCUGAUUCAGUCCCCAUCCCCACUACCCUCCUCACAGAGCACAGCUCCUGACAGCUCUUCUGUCUUCACAAACCCAGUGUUCAGUGCGUCUUCUAGCCUUGCAGGGUUACAUCGUUGUCAUUCUGGUAGCUACACCAUUGGCCCGUUCUCAUCUUUUCAGAGAGCUGCUCAGAUCUACAGCCAAAGAUUGUCCCGACCAUCCUCUGCAAAAGUAGGUUUGUGUCAUCACAGUCCAAGUGGUCAGCGUGUGGGCUCAGCCAGGAUGCACAAAGAUGCAGAAGAUCCUUCUUCCCAGGGCAAACAUUAUAGCCCCAGUAUGGUGGCAGCAGAACUACAGCAGCUGGCCGAAAAGCAAGCAGCCUGUCAGUAUUCCCCACCGAGCCACAUCAGCCUCCUUACACAGCAGUUAACAAACCUGAACUUGGCAAGUGGAGCUAUAAGCAAGGGGACUGCAGCUGCCCCACAGAGCUACCGAUCACCACUCGACAAAAGAGGGUCCUCGUGGGCUGUUCAAUCAGACACUCAUAUAACUGACAAAAGAUCUGUCUCUUCAGCAGUCAGAGCUCCAGAGAAUCAUCGUUUUGCCUGGGAAGGAGAGAUGGAGAACGGUGUCUUCAACAAGGUGACACAGAAUCUGCUGGUACAUCCCAACUGUCAGGUCCAUUUUGCUGUGCAGCAACUUCAGCAGCAGAAACUUCAGUCGCAACAGCUGUUGGAGCAAAGCCAAGCUCGACACCAGGCUCUCUUUGCCAACUACUCACAAUCCAGCACCAGCCAUAUAUCUAUGCCAGCUGGCUCUGAUGCCCGCAAGACAUCAAGUGCCACUUCUAGUAUCCAGAAGGCAGCCAGUUUGCACAAAGUGAUGCCGUUGCAGAGUACGCCUUCUCAUCUGGUCCCAAAGCCUCCAGCAAACAACAGGCAGGCAGUGGUCAGAAAGGCUGCAGCCCAGAGGAUUUCCAAGGUGACCUCCGCUGAAAGGCAACUGAAUGGGUUCCAGAACAGCCUUCACAGUGCUGCAUCCUGUGAGCCAGGGACAAAUUCCACAGGCUGA